CAUUUCUUUAUUUAUUUCGUACGAAUUACGAAUUGUACCGCGUGCCGAAUUGUAUAAAAGAAAUGUCGGUAUCUUCGUCCACACAGGGAAAACAAGUUAAAUUCUACCCUUCCAGCUCAGCCAGUUCCGAUAGAAAACAUCAAAUUUUAAUUAUCCUUCAGUUAUUUUCUGUAUUGUGCAAUUGCAAUUGUUUGGCUGUUUUGCACUGUUUGCUAGGAAUUUCACCUCUGAAACUGAUGAAUAUUUAACGUUGUGGUGAAAUCUGAAGCUUAUGGUUCCUCAAUCAAAUUUAAGCAUCAUGAGUGGAAAAGUGACUGUGGCACAUAAUGGAGUGGAUUGCAAUAUCGAUAUCAAGAAGAAGUUUGACAGCAGCACAAAGAUGACUCCAAACAAGCAGCCUGUGAAGAAAUUACCGUCAGUAACCAUAUCUUCAGCAUCAGUAUCUAAAUCAUCCACGUCGUCAUCGUCAUCUUCUUCGCCUACAUCAUCGCAUUUAUCGUGCACAACCGAUAGUGGCAUUGGUAGUCUCAUUGAUGAUCGUCCAGACUUGACGGAGCAACUAUAUAUUGAUCCUAAUCUAUAUGUGGAUAUUGGCAAUGGGGAGUACUGUUGCCCGGCGUCACCCACCACUGUGCCCGGUCGCAUUGUUUCAUCGAAUUCGCUAGAGUCGCCGGCACGCACAACUACGCCAACACGUCCGGCGCGUCGUCAACGCACUACGUCGGUAAAUAGCCAAUCGACCACCGCUAAUCCGGCUGAGUGCAUCAUACGUGCCAAUAAUCGCACAAUAUACACAGCUGGACGUCCGCCGUGGUAUAAUUGUGCCGGUCAGCAAGUGGAACCAUUUGUUAUUGGAGUGUGCGGUGGCAGCGCAUCGGGCAAAACAACAGUAGCACAAAAAAUUAUUGAGAGCUUGAGUGUGCCAUGGGUAACACUGCUCUCGAUGGACUGUUUUUACAAGAUAUUAACAGAGAAACAGCAUGAGCAAGCGUUAUUGAACGAAUAUAAUUUUGAUCAUCCAGACGCAUUUGAUAUAGACUUAUUGGUGGAGGUGUUGACGAAACUAAAGGAGGGUCGCAUGGUGGAGGUGCCCAUCUAUAAUUUUGUAACACAUUCACGUGAAUCAAAGACUAAAACUAUGUAUGGCGCAAAUGUCAUAAUAUUUGAAGGCAUUUUAGCAUUUCACAGCACAGAAGUACUUAAACUUUUAGAUAUGAAAGUGUUUGUUGACACCGAUGCAGAUAUACGUUUAGCAAGGCGUCUCAAAAGAGACAUUUCUCAACGUGGGCGCGAUCUCAGUGGUGUACUUAAACAGUAUUUGAACAUGGUCAAACCUUCCUAUGCCAAUUAUAUUGCACCAACAAUGGCGCAUGCCGAUAUCAUUGUACCACGCGGUGGCGAAAAUAAAGUAGCCAUACAUCUCAUAGUUCAACAUGUACAUACACAGUUGCAAUUGCGUGGUUUCAAAUUGCGUGAAACAUUAGUGAAUUCCUAUAAGGACCAACCUAUGCCAGACUCGCUACACCUACUGCCACCGACACCACAAAUUAAAGGGCUGCACACUUUUAUACGCUGUCGCAGCACUUCCAGAGACGAAUUCAUAUUUUAUUCUAAGCGUCUUAUACGCUUGGUUAUUGAAUAUGCAUUGAGUCUUUUUCCAUUCAAAACAACAACUGUGGAAACACCACAAGGCGUGCUCUAUGAAGGAAAACGCAUGGGUUCUCGCAAAAUAUGCGGCGUAUCAAUUCUGCGUGCCGGUGAAACAAUGGAGCAGGCUGUAUGUGAUGUUUGCAAAGAUAUUCGCAUUGGCAAGAUACUCAUACAAACAAAUCAAAAUACUGGCGAGCCCGAGCUGUAUUAUUUACGCUUACCUAAAGAUAUAAAAGAUUAUAAAGUAAUAUUAAUGGAUGCCACGGUGGCAACGGGUGCUGCUGCUAUGAUGGCAUUGCGUGUGUUACUGGAUCAUGAUGUGCCCGAAGAGAAUAUAAUAUUAGCUUCGUUGUUGAUGGCUGAAAUUGGUGUACACUCGAUUGCGUAUGCUUUCCCGAAAGUGAAAAUUGUGACCUCAGCACUGGAUCCAGAGGUGAAUGAUAAAUUUUACGUGAUACCCGGUAUUGGUAAUUUCGGCGAUCGCUAUUUCGGUACCGAACCUUCUGAUGAUUACCUUUAGCCAUUUUAGCUUAAGAGAAUGACUUCAUAUAAUACAGAAUGAGAAAUAAAAAAUAUGAACUGAG